AUGGUCCACUUGAAGAGCAUCCUUCCCCGUGCUGCUUUCGUCCUGGCUUCAGCUGCCAGCGUGGCCAAUGCUCAAAAUCAAAUCAAGAUUACAGCGCCUAGCAAAGAUAUUUGGUGGGUUGCCAAAUCGACAAACGUGCUCACUUGGGACUGCAACAAUUCGCCCGUCGACUCGUUCACUAUCUCGAUCUCGAAUCCAGACCCCAAGCUUUUGCCAGAUAUCAUGCCCUUCAUUAGUGUCCAGCAAAACUCCCAAUGCUCCAUCCUCGUCUCCCAGGACCAAGCUAAUCAGCCAGCUGGGACAGGCUAUGUUAUCACGUUCUCUAACAUCUUGAACCUGACCGAUGUCGUUGGCACCUCAGACCCCUUCGAGAUCAAGCCCCUCGGCUCCCUAUACCCAUCCCAGGUUACCCCUACCGCCAACGCUUCUUCUUCAGCAUCUCCUACCGGCGGCUCUGACACGUCCAAGCCAAGUUCGGCUGCUACCGCAGUCGGCAGCAGGGGCAUCGCUGGUAUCUUUGGAGGUCUCGCACUUGGUGCCGUUGGAAUGAUGUUCUAA